GUGAAGAAAGUGAGGAAAAAACCAGUUACAAAAAAAGAAAUAAUAUUUGAAAGAGAAAAGAUACUUUCUCUCCUUCCUGCUCACUCUUAAACGCCAGGGAAGGAAGGAGACUCUCUCAUGGAUGGGAAAGUCCAUAACUGAAAAUAAAAGAAAAUAACGGAAGAGAGAAAAUAAUAAUAAAAUCGCUCACCCGCCCUUACUUGGUUGGUGGAUUCAUCGUCUUCCUCCUCCGCCGCGGCAGUAACAUCAACCGCCGUGGUGAUUCCUCUCCGUUAUCUGUUAAGAGAUAUGUUUCAAGUGGGAGCUUUGUGAUCACGGAAAUUCAUUAGAUCGUUUCGGCCUUUUCUGGAUCUACUAAAUCCAGAGAUCUGAAUUUGAUCUAAAUAAAAGAAAGAAAGAGAUGGGUGGAACAAGCAAGACGGAUCAAAAAGCAGCUUUGGACAUUGCAUCAUGGCUCUUCAAUGUGGUUACGUCCGUUGGAAUCAUCCUCGUUAACAAAGCCUUGAUGGCCACUUACGGCUUUAGUUUCGCUACGACGUUAACCGGUUUGCACUUCGGAACAACCACACUCUUGACUACUUUCUUGACGUGGCUCGGUUACAUCCAACCUUCUCAGCUUCCCUGGCCCGAUCUUCUCAAGUUCGUUUUGUUCGCUAACUUCUCUAUCGUUGGCAUGAACGUCAGCCUCAUGUGGAACUCUGUUGGCUUCUACCAGAUCGCCAAGCUGAGUAUGAUCCCCGUUUCUUGUCUUCUAGAAGUUGUUCUUGACAAGGUCAGGUACUCGAGAGAUACGAAGCUCAGCAUUUUGUUAGUUCUUGCUGGUGUUGCCGUCUGUACUGUUACCGAUGUUAGUGUCAACCUCAACGGGUUCCUCGCUGCCGCUAUUGCUGUCUGGAGCACCGCCCUUCAGCAAUACUAUGUACAUCAUCUACAGCGGAAAUAUUCUCUUGGCUCUUUCAAUCUGCUGGCUCAUACGGCUCCAGUGCAAGCUGCAUCCUUGUUGUUGGUUGGACCUUUUCUAGACUACUGGUUGACUAACCAAAGAGUUGAUGCUUUCAACUUUUCAUUUGUUUCUCUGUUCUUCUUAAUACUCUCCUGUAGUAUCGCGGUGGGGACGAAUCUUAGCCAAUUCAUUUGUAUCGGAAGAUUCACGGCGGUGUCUUUCCAAGUACUUGGUCACAUGAAGACGAUCCUGGUUUUGGUUUUGGGAUUCACUUUCUUCGGCAAGGAAGGCUUAAACAUGCAAGUGGUACUUGGAAUGCUCAUUGCCAUCCUCGGUAUGAUCUGGUACGGUAAUGCAUCUUCUAAACCGGGAGGUAAAGAGCGUCGUAGCCUCUCUAUUCCCAUUACCAAGGCACAUAAACUCAGUAGUGUAUCUGAAACAGCCGAGUCUGAUGAAAAGGUCUAAUAAGAAACAAGUAAUCGGCAUUGACAUAGAAACAAAACCAAGAAGCUCAGAUACACAACAGCUAGAGAGUAUAUCAAAUGGGGUCUUUACAAACAAAGGGGUUUAAAUUAUUUAAUUUCCAGAAACUAUAUUUUUCUUUUCCAGAUCUUUUUUGUUGUUGUUUAAUCCUUUUUUGGCCUUUGAAUAUUGAUUUUUUUUUGCUUAAUUCUCCCAAAAGAAACAUCAUCUAUACGACGGAUUAUAAAAUCUUAAUUUUAUUUUUACCUUAA